CCGCAGUGCUCGUCUUCGAAGCGAUGUACAUACAGAAAACAAUUUAUAAUACUCAAGUAUAAAACUGAUUUAUUUCGGAAUGUUCGAGAAACACAAGUUUCUAAUACGACAAUACGCUGCAGUUUUGACAGUUAACUUAAGUACAGCAUGCGCCGGAAUCGGGCUGGGCUGGAUUUCACCCGUUUUAGUGAAAUUAAUGGAUGAAAACGAAGACAUCUUGUCACCAAGAAUAUCAGAAGUUGAAAUAUCGUGGUUAGUGUCUACGUCGUAUCUGGUUGCAUUUUUAACAAACUAUCCAUGGGGAAUCGUAAUGGACUAUUUCGGUAGGAAAACCUGUAUCGUUUUUGGCAUGUGUUUGACGAUGACCGUUAAAUUCAUGUUAACGUUUGCAACGAAAGCUUGGAUGUUGGUGGUGGAAAGAGCUUUCAGCGGUACACUAAGUGGCAUGCUAAUUUGCGCUUCGGUUGCCUACUCUGCAGAAAUAUCUAGUAAAGAAAUUCGAGGCUCUUUAUUAUCGUUCAUAAAUAUCAAUAUAUCACUCGGUACAUUAAUGAUGUUCUGUUUUGGACCUUACCUCAAUUACUUUCAUUUGAACAUCGCGAUUACGUGUACGGUGGCAUUGUGUACUGUACCGAUAUUAUUCCUACCUGAGAGUCCGUACUAUUUGUUCUCAAAAGGUCGCAUAGAAGAAUCGAAGAAAGUACUAAUUUACUUCCAUGGAUCUGAAUACGAAGCGACAGAAGAAAUAGAGCAGUAUAAUCUUGCGCUUAAUUCAAAAGUGAAUUGUUUGGAAAUAUUCAAAAACAAAAUGUUGUAUAAAUCCUUGACGAUAGCCGUUCUCUUUGCCUUACUCGUGAACUUGAUUGGCCAAUCAAUCGUCAUAAACUAUUUGCAGUCAAUCUUGGAGAUCACGCAUACAAAUAUCAAAUCGGAAUUGGCUUCUGUGAUUGUUGGUGUUAUCCAGUUUGUAGCUGGUAUCUUGGCUGCGCUUGUGACGGACAAAGUUGGCCGCAAACCUUUAUUAAUUGUUACCUUGGCGGGAACGGCUGCUGGUUUUACAGGACUAGGAACAUUUUUCAAACUGAAAGAGCUUGGAUACUCUACGGAAGGCUGGAUAAAUUACUUACCGUUGUUUUCGCUUGUGGCCGUUUUAUUUAGCUACAGUACAGGACCCGGCUCCAUUUUUCUAACCAUCGUGUCUGAACUUUUCGAGGGCCCAGCAAGAGCGUCUGGUGUCACUAUAUCGUUCUCCGUGGCUUCUUUAACUGCGUUCCUGCUAACGAAAUAUUUCGCGACCUUCGUAAAACUGAUUGGUCCCGUUUAUUCGUAUUGGUCGCUAGCCAUUAAUACAAUUGUAGCGGGUUUAUUUGUUGUAAUCUUCAUACCGGAAACGAAAGGAAAAUCUUUUGCGGAAAUCCAAAGUAUACUGAAGUCGAUAAACGAAGAAAAUCAAAGAGAUAACAGAGAGUAUCAACGAACUUUUAGCUUGAAAAAUACAAAACUAAAGACGCACUUUUAAAAGACUCAAUAAUGUCUUUUAAGUUUUGAUGAAUGUGUAAAGGAGAAUUCCCAUUUCAGGCCCAAAGUGGACAAUAGAUUAGAGAAAAAAUACUUAGUGCAUUAAUUUUGGCAUAAAU